AAGGUCAGAUUCUUUGUAAUAACAACUUAUGGAAUUCAGAAACUCACCAGCAGAUAGAAGAAAGUAAUGCUACAAGUUCUACUGGCAAUAUAUCGAACCAAUCGGCACUAGUUAAAGGAAAGGAUCUACCUGAUCAGUUUGGUCAUUACGGAGCCAUUUGCCAAUACUGUAACCAAUAUUGGUCUAGAGGAAAACUGACUGUUAUGAAAAGUCAUCUCGCAUUACAUUGUAAAAAAGUGCCAGACGAUGUCAACAAUUUAUUCUUACAGUUAAUUGUAGAAAAAGCUAAAAAGUUAGGGAAUGAAGAUAAUAUAGAUGAUAAUAUUCUCUUAAUAAUCAACAAAAAGCGUAAAUAUAUUAGUAAACAAGCAACUCUUGAUA